GAUUGUUUUUUUCUGGUGGUUGCAGUCGCGAUUUUCUCUAACCUCUGUUUUAUUAUUACAGACAAUGAAAUUCUAUUACAACUAAUUUUUUACAAUAUUUCUAUCGAAAUAUUUACAUCAUGAGUAAGUCAAAAGUAUCAGCGGAAUGGAAGAAACGAGUGAAAUCGGAGUAUAUGCGACUUCGCCAAGUGAAGAGAUUCAAACGGGCUGAUGAGGUGAAGGUGGCAUGGGCGCGCAACCUGCGCCUUAUGUCGGCGGCGGUAGAGACUCGCGACUCGGAGAGCUCGGAGCGCGGCCGCAGACCAUUCUGGCCGCCACCCGUGCCUACGCCUAGCCACGAGGGCCUUAUGAAACGCGCUGAAGUCACCUACACUGAUGCAUCAGGAGUGGUGUCCACCCAGCAAGUCCCUAUCCGCGUUAUCAACUCUGUGAACCCCAUCCCUACCAUGUAUACCUGGGCGCCCACACAGAAGAACUUCAUGGUGGAGGAUGAGACGGUGCUCCAUAACAUCCCAUACAUGGGUGAUGAAGUGCUGGACCAGGACGGCACCUUCAUUGAGGAGCUCAUCAAGAACUACGACGGAAAAGUCCAUGGUGACAAGGAAGGGGGAUUCAUAGAUGACCAGUUAUUUGUGGACUUGGUGCACGCGCUGGUCGCCUUCCAGACCAAGGAAGAGGUCGCCGAAGAGAAGAAGGAGAGGGAGUUGCGCAACUCCAAAGAGGAGAAAGAGAAGGAAUCAAAAGACCCCAAGGAAAAGGAGAAAGAAGACAGCAUGAAGGAGUUGGAGAAGUCCAUAAUGCAUGACAAGCAGUUCCCGAUCUUCAUCAUAUUUCAGGCCAUCUCCUCACAGUUCCCGGACAAGGGCACAGCACAAGAACUGAGGGAAAAAUACAUCGAACUCACGUCUCGCAGCGACCCCAACGCGCUUCCUCCCGAAUGCACGCCCAACAUCGACGGCCCCUUAGCGGAGUCCGUGUCCCGCGAUCAGACCAUGCACUCUUUCCACACGCUGUUCUGCCGGCGAUGCUUCAAGUACGACUGCUUCCUGCACCGAAGUCAAGCCUCAGGUCUUCAAGCGUGUCACCCGAGGCCCAAUCUCACGAAACGGAAGGGGCCGGACUUGAAACCCUUUGCUGACCCCUGUGGGCCCACCUGCUACAUGUUGUUGGACGGUAUAAAAGAGAAGUUGGCCCGCGAGAAGGCGGCGGGCGAGGCGGGGGAGGGGCGCGAGGGGCGGGAGGUGAGCGAGGCGCGCGACGGCAAGGCGGCCAUCGACUCGCCCAACGAUGCGUCCUCCGAGGACAGCAACGAUAGCAACCGCUACCAGAAAGGCAGCAACAGCAACUCCAGCAGCAACUGGAGCUCCAACGGCACCAAGCUGCCCGGCGCGGAGCCCACCGCCUACAACACGCUGGGUCUAACCCUGGCCGACUGCGAGUCGGAGGAAUGGACGGGUUCGGACCAGUCGCUGUUCCGCUCGCUGCACAAAGUGUUUGUGUCCAACUACUGCGCCAUCGCGCAGGUCAUGCUCUCCAAGACUUGCCAACAGGUGUACAACUACUGGAUCCACACGGGACAGGAGGCGGCCGGCGUGGAGGCGGAGCUGACGCCGCCGAGGAAGAAGAAGAAGAAGCACCGCCUGUGGUCCGUGCACUGCCGCAAGAUACAGCUCAAGAAGGACUCCGCCUCGCAUCAUGUGUACAACUACACGCCGUGCGACCACCCCAACCAGCCGUGCGACAACAUGUGUCCAUGUCUGCAGUCGCAGAACUUCUGCGAGAAGUUCUGCCAGUGCAGCAGCGACUGUCAAAACCGUUUCCCCGGAUGUCGCUGCAAGGCGCAGUGCAACACCAAGCAGUGUCCCUGCUACCUCGGCGUGCGGGAGUGUGACCCCGACCUGUGCACGGCGUGCGGCGCCGACUCCACGCCGCCCGGCACGCCCGCCGCCUUGCCCACCGCCUCGAGGCACGCCGUCUACUGCAGGAACGUGUCUGUGCAGAGAGGUCUACACAAGCACCUGCUCCUGGCGCCGUCCGACGUGGCCGGCUGGGGCAUCUUCCUCAAGGAGGCCGCGCACAAGAACGAGUUCAUCUCCGAAUACUGCGGGGAGAUCAUCUCGCAAGACGAAGCCGACAGGCGCGGGAAGGUGUACGACAAGUACAUGUGCUCCUUUCUCUUCAACCUCAACAAUGACUUCGUGGUGGAUGCGACGCGCAAGGGCAACAAGAUCCGGUUCGCGAACCACUCCAUCAACCCCAACUGCUACGCCAAGGUCAUGAUGGUCAACGGGGACCAUCGCAUCGGCAUCUUCGCCAAGCGCGCCAUCCAGCCGGGCGAGGAGCUGUUCUUCGACUACAGAUACGGUCCCACCGAGCAACUGAAGUUCGUCGGCAUCGAGCGGGAGAUGGAAUUCUUAUGAGAGAGCGGGCAGCGCCCGGCGUGGUUGUAUAAUGUUGUCUCGUGACUCUAAAGACGUUCAAUAUAAUUAGUUAUUAAUAAAGCCUCGAUAGCUCAACGGUUGAGGAGCGGACUGAAUUUCGAAAGGUCGGCGGUUAAAACCCCACCCGUCGCUCACUCCUGGCACAAGCUUUACGCUUAAUUGGAGGGGAAAGGGGAGUAUUAGUCAUGAUUAGCAUGGCUGAUAUUCUUUUAAAAAAAUUAAUUAUCACCACUACAUUAUUGUAUGACAAUCAGAAAGGGAUAGUACCCAAUUUGAAUAAAUGA